AUGAACGGACUUCAUGGGAAAUCUCAGCCCAUUUUAAUUGAUGAGGAGAUUCUGCAGAAGGCAGUUGCAGAGCAAACUGGGUGUAUUGUCAGUGCAGAGGGAGUACACUAUGAUGAAGUCCUUAAAAUAUGCCUGGAAUACAGAAACAUCCUGAAGAUUGACCACUUAUGGGACUUCACAUCCUUGGCCAGGCUUGAUUUGAACAACAACCUCAUAGAGAGGAUUGAGGGCUUGGACCGUCUGAUUAAUCUGACGUGGCUCAAUCUGUCAUUCAACAGAAUAGGGAAAAUGGAGGGUCUGGAGUCUUUGCAGAAGCUUGAAUUGUUGAAUUUGUCCAACAACAGAAUCUCUGUGAUUGAAAACUUGGAUAAACUUGAGAACAUCACUCAUUUCUGCAUUGCAAACAACCACCUCCGCCAGCUGGACAACGUGCUCUAUCUCAGGAAAUUUAAGAACCUGUUCACCCUCAACCUAUUUGGGAAUCCUGUCUCUGAGGAGGAUGAUUACAAAUUUUUUAUUGCUGCCUACUUUCCAAACUUGAAGUGCCUAGACUACAGAUUACUUAAUGAGAAGACGAAAACUGAAGCAUCUAUCAAAUACCAAUAUGCCCUUGAGGAAAUGAGAUGUGAAGAGCUGAAGAUAAAACAAGCUGUUGAUGCUGAGCAAAUCCAGAAAGCUGAACUCCAGUUACACACGGACGCCUUUGUGGAGUUCCUCAAUGGCCCUUAUCUGUUUAAGAGCAUGUUCAAAGAUGAUCCGGAGGCAGAGACACUGCACCGUGUGACAGGGGUGGCUCAUCUGCUUCAAACAUUUGAGCACCAAAUGGUGGAACUGUGCAAGCAGUUAUUUGAAAUAGGCUUGGCUGAGCAUAAACGAAGAGAGACAGAGGUAAACUCUUUCUUCAGUGGUCAGACAGAGGCUGUGACACAUUACCAGCAGAAAGCAUCACAGAUAUUGGCAAAUUUUGAGAAGCAACACAAAGAGAGGAUAGUGGAGUUGCAGCAGUUAUCAGACCCAGACGAACAGAAGGUUAAGACCCGCCACUGCAAGGAUGAAAUCAACCAGCUCUGUAAAAGCCUCAUGUCACUGGAGUUUCAGCUGGUCAGCCAACUGGAGGAUAUCAUUAAACAGUUGGACAUCAACAUCUCAGACAUGGUUGGCAACUUCAGCGAAACAGUUCAAGGGACAUUUGCCCAUUGUCGAGAUCUGGAAGAUAAUUAUCACCAGAAAGUGCGAGAGAUUGCUGUUGCAACUCUGGAGAAAGUGGCCAACAGCAACAUGGAAGAGGACAUGCCAGAUGAUGUGAGAAUGCUGUUUACAGACAAAGACACAGUGAUGGAUGCACUGGCCACCAGCCACGAUAACCACCUGCUGAAGAUCAAUGACCGAGAGACUCAGUUGGUUACACGUGUCAAUGCCUGGAAAGUGGCCCUUAUUAAAGGGAUUCAAGACAAAGACCUGAAGCGGAGCCGCAUGCGCAUCUCAGACAUCCACAGAUAUGUGGACCAUUUGUGUGAACCGCUGGAAUAG